CUUCAGCGUACGAAACCCAUCAUGUCUCUGUUGGAACCACUAUCGCGUGAACAGGUACGCAGCAGGACCCGCGCAGGGACAACAAGACCCGCACCUCAGCGUCCGGAGCUCUAGAAAACCUUGCUUCGCGCCUCAUCUUCCGCGUCAUCCAGAACAAGCGCGAUACAGGCGGGUCACGCGCGUCGCAACAGAGGUCCUGGGGCGCGCUUCUUGCGUGCGAUAGCCCUCUGGUCUCCAGCCGAGAAGCACUCGCGGGGGUGGGAAGGAUCAUGGUAUCAUGCGCGAGAGGGGGACGGCUGCGGUCACAUAAAGAUGCCCAGCACUUGCUGCGCGCACAGAGCAUCUUCCCGACGACCCAGGCGAGGACUGAGACGAUGAGCGCCCCGCCAGUGACGAUCUCCUCGCAUACGACCGCGUCGCACCCGCGGCCGCACAUCCUCUACACCGUGCGCGUGGGCGAGGGCAAGCCCAUAUUUCGUCGAUACUCAGAGUUCGCUGCGCUCGCGGCGGCGUUGCCAGGCUCGUUCUCGCUGCCGCCGAAGCGACUGCUGACGACGACGUUCGUGCCGUCGGCGUGGGCGGACGACGCGCUGAUCGCGGAGCGGAAGGCGGGGCUGUCAGCGUUCCUCAAUGACGUCCUGCGCGUCCCGGAGCUGUCAGCGCAUCCGGCGCUCAGGGAAUUCCUCGGGCAAGCAGGGACAAGCAAAGGCGCAUUCGACCCCGAGGACGCCUUGCCUUCGACCAUGUCGCGUAAGGACGCCUUGAAUUUCAAGACGAAGGCGGCGUCGCAGAUCGUCGGCGCGUACUAUCCAGACUGGAGUACGGGCACCAUCGCGCCCGAGAACAUCGACUUCUCGAAGUACGACCUGCUCUUCUUCGCGUUCGCGACCCCGAACCAAAGCAACGGUCUCAACUGGGAUGACGGAAGCCAGAGCACGUUGCAGCGCCUGGUGAGCGCGGCGCACGGCGCAGGGACGAAGGUCGUCCUCUCAGUCGGCGGCUGGGGCGGAAGCUAUUGGUUCUCGAAUGCGGUCAGCAGCAAGGGUAACCGCUCUGCAUUCUCCUCCGCUCUCGCCGACGCUGUCAGCCAAUACAACCUCGACGGCAUAGAUAUCGACUGGGAAUACCCGAACUCUGAGGGCGCUGGCAAUCCUCAUAACGCCGCCGACGCCGCGAACCUCCUCACGCUCCUCAAGGACAUCCGUAAGAAGAUUGGUGAUGACAAGACCAUUUCAGCGGCAGUUGCGCACCUGCCGUGGAUUGGGGACAAUGGGUCGCCAUUAAGUGAUGUGAGCGCCUACGCAUCAGUGAUGGACUGGGUUGGGAUCAUGAACUACGACGUGACUGGCGCAAGCGCGCAUCCAGGUCCUAAUGCACCUUUGGGCAACCUUUGUGGCACAUCUGCGCAUCCAGAAGCCUCCGCUCAAGCUGCCGUCAAGCAAUGGACUGGCGCGGGCUUCCCGGCGAACAAGCUGAUGCUUGGCGUGCCGUACUACGGCUACGUGAGCCAGAGUUCGGAUACGACGCUCACGGGUAGCUUCGCGCCCAAGGCGCACGCGGGUACGAAUGCGGAGGUUACGAACGGCGGGCAAGAGGUCCUGUCCGAGGGCUCGUCGGAUGGACUCCUGUAUGCUCCGCAUCCGCAUAUGAAGGCAUCACCCGCCGACUCGGGUGAAUCGACGAAGCAGGCAGGGAACGGCACGACGACUCGGAAGGAGGCCGCCAAGCAGCCUAUUACCGUCAAGGCGGACCUCUCUUCGUACUGGGGCCAGCAGGUUGCCUUCUCGACCCUCGUUAGCGCAGGCGCGCUCACGAAGAAGAGCGACGGGAACUAUGGCGAGGCUGGUGGGUUUACGAUGGCCUGGGACAACUGCUCCGACACGCCCUUCCUGUACAACACGUCUGCGCAGACGGUCGUGACCUACGACGACACAUACUCGCUCAACUCGAAGGCGGCCUACGCGCGCGAUGCGGGGCUGGCGGGCGUGUUUGCGUGGUCGCUGGAUCAGGAUGAUGGGACCUCGUUGGUGGGCGCUGUGCGUUCAGGGCUUGGGAAGUAAGCACCGGGGGAAGAUGAAGGCUCGGAGCGAGACUGUUCGGGUGUUGGUUCCGAAGAUUACGACCAGAGCGGUAAGCGCUCUUUCAUGACGCGACGAGGUUUGGUUUUGGACUGUAUUUGGACGGUAAAUCGGAAUCGAAUUGCACACUGUCGUCUCGUUCGUCGGCGCCGGAAAACGCCGUGGUGCGUAGGGGCGGAGACAACUUCUAUUCGAUGAGGAGCCUCAUUCAGCCAAGCCACGGUCGGGCACAAGAAAGUCCA